GCAAUAAAGAUUUCAACGAAGAAAUUUCAAAAGCAGAUCAACCCAUGACAAAAUUUAGUAGCUUGGGAUUCAUAUUGGGUUUGGUUUUUUGUAUUGGAGUUAGCAAUGUAGCAUUUGGGUUGAAUAAUAUAAGUUCAGGAACUCCAGAUGGAUCUGAAAAAUGGGGUUAUGUUGAAGUCAGGCCAAAGGCUCAUAUGUUCUGGUGGCUCUAUUACACUCCUCAAAGGACACCAGAUACUAAUUGGCCUCUUAUUCUGUGGCUGCAAGGAGGACCGGGAGGUUCUGGAGUUGGAAUUGGAAACUUUUUGGAAGUUGGUCCAUUAGAUGAUGAAUUGAAUCCUAGAAACACAACAUGGUUGCAAAAGGCCCAUCUGCUAUUUGUGGAUAGCCCUGUUGGUACAGGUUUCAGCUAUGUAGAAAAUGAUACACUUAUAGCUAAGUCAGAUGUGGAAGUAACUGCUGAUCUCUUAAGUUUUUUGAAAUAUUUCUAUGGUGGAAAUAAUAAUACUCUACAAAACAACCCUCUAUUUAUAGUUGGGGAAUCAUAUGGAGGAAAGCAUGCAACUAUGAUAGGCCUUGCUUUAAGCAAAGCAUUUGCUGCUGGAGAUAUAAAUGCUAAUCUUGGAGGUGUUCUUUUGGGUGACAGCUGGAUCUCCCCAGUAGAUUAUGUGCUUUCAUGGGGACCUCUUCUUAAGGCUGUGUCACGACUGGAUAACGACGCCACGGAAGAAGUGAAUAGAAUUGCUUUAACAAUCCAGGAACAAGUAGAGAGGGGAGACUAUCUCAAUGCCACAAACACUUGGAAUUUCUUGGAAGGACAAAUUCUGGCAUACUCCAAUCAAGUGAACUUUUACAACUUCCUCCAUGACGAAUCAUACAGUGGUAUUGUUGCCUCAGCUGGUACAGAGUCCAUGAAAAGCUUCGCUACAAAUAGUCCUCAACACUAUGCACAGUAUCUAAUGUCCAGGAAGAACAAAGGCCAAAUAAUAUCAGCAAGUUCUCUAGACCUUUCUAUUUUGAUGAAUGGGCCGAUUCGGGAAAAGCUCAAGAUCAUUCCAUCAAAUGUAACAUGGGGUGAGUUGUCAGAUGAUGUUUUCAAUGAUUUGAUGAAUGACUUCAUGCAGAGUGCAGUUGACAAGGUGGAUGAACUAUUAUCUCGAGGUGAAAAGGUCACAAUUUACAAUGGGCAGGUGGAUUUGAUAUGUGCAACUGCUGGAACAGAGGCAUGGGUACAGCAACUGAAAUGGGAUGGAUUGGAGGGGUUCAACUCAGCAACUAGAAGAGUCCUUUACUGCAACGAAUCAGAAACAAAGGGAUUUGUGAAAUCUUACAAAAAUCUGCAAUUCGUGUGGAUUCUCCUUGCAGGGCAUAUGGCACCAGCGGAUCAACCAUGUGUAGGUUUAAAUAUGCUUGAUAUAGUCACAAAUUCCAGCUCGUCAAAGGAGAAGAAUGUGAUCAAGCUUUCCAGCUCGUUAAAGGAGAAUGCAGUAUAUGGAGGGAAUAAUCAAAUGUUAGGCACCCCAGAUGGUUCUGAAGAGUGGGGUUAUGUUGAAGUCAGACCAAAGGCCCACCUGUUCUGGUGGCUCUAUUACAGUCCCCAGAGGAAAUCAGAUAGCAAUUGGCCUCUUCUUUUGUGGCUGCAAGGAGGACCGGGAGCUUCUGGGGUUGGAAUUGGAAAUUUUUUGGAAGUUGGUCCCUUAGAUGAUGAAUUGAAACCCAGAAACACAACUUGGUUGCAAAAGGCACAUCUAUUAUUUGUGGAUAGCCCUGUUGGUACAGGUUUUAGUUAUGUAGAAAAUGAUUCAUUGUUGGCUAAAUCAGACGAAGAAGUAACCGCUGACCUGUUUAGUUUUCUGAAAGAAUUCUAUAGUGGAAAUAAUUCUCUACAAAAUAAUCCUCUAUAUAUUGUUGGCGAGUCAUAUGGAGGAAAACAUGCUUCUAUGAUAGGCCUUGCUUUAAGCAAAGCAAUUGCUGCUGGCGACAUAAAAGUAAACCUUGGAGGUGUUCUGUUGGGUGAUAGCUGGAUUUCACCAGUAGAUUAUGUGCUUUCAUGGGGACCUCUACUUAAAGCUAUGUCAAGAUUGGAUGCCGAUGCCACUGAAGAGGCCAACAGAAUUGCUUUGAAAAUAAAACAACAGGUAGAAAUGGAAGAGUAUUCCAAUGCCACAGAUACAUGGAAUGAUUUGGAGUCGCAAAUUCUGGCAGAUAGCAAUGGAGUGAACUUUUACAAUUUCCUACACGACGAUUCAAACAGUGACAUUGUAUCCUCAGCAACAAUCUCGCUGAAAAGAUUAUCCAGUAGGACUUCUCAUCACUACAUACAAUAUCUUAUCUCCAACAAGGGAAAUGGCCAGAUUAAGCCAAGUUAUGCAGGAUUUUUCAGUGUAAUGAACGGACCCAUUCGCAAGAAACUCAAGAUCAUUCCGUCAAACGUAAUAUGGGAUGAAUCAUCCGGCGUUGUUUUCGAUGCUCUGACUAAUGAUUUCAUGCAGAGUGCAGUUGAUAAGGUGGAUGAGCUAUUAUCUAGAGGUGAAAAUGUCACAAUUUAUAAUGGCCAGGUGGAUUUAAUAUGUGCAACACCUGGAACAGAAGCAUGGGUACAACAAUUAAAGUGGAGUGGAUUGAAAGAAUUCAACUCAACAGAGAGAAUAGCUCUUUACUGCAACGAAUCAGAAACAAAGGGAUUUGUUAAAUCUUUUGAAAACCUCAAAUUUGUGUGGAUUCUAUUAGCAGGUCACAUGGCACCAGUAGAUCAGCCAUGCGUUGGAUUGAACAUGCUUGAUUUAGUCACCAACUCAACUAUUUAAUCUUUGUAAUCAAAUUAUUAUCAUUUUUUAAUAUGUAAUUUAAUUUUUAGUUUUAUAAAUAUUCUUAUUAAGAAUAAUGGAGGUACUACUUCAACUAUUUAAUCUUUGUAAUCAAAUUAUUAUCAUUUUUUUUUUAAUGUAACUUAAUUAUUUAAUCAUUAGUUUUA